CAGAGCUAGAGAAAGACGCGAGGCUCGGGGCGCGGGGGGGAGGGAGGGAGGGAGGGAGGCGCGGCGGCGGAGCGGCCCCGGCCGGCGGAGCAGCCAUGGGCGCCGGGGUACCGGGCCCCCCGAGAGCCGAGGCCCCCGGCCCGAGUGGCGGGCGCCCGGGCUGCCAGCCUUGCUGACACCGCCUCGGACGAUGUGAGCCGGCGCCGCCGCCGCUGCUUCGCGGGCAGGGCGCGCGGUCCCACCGGCCCCGGCCGCCGCCGCUCUCGUAAUUUGGGUGGGGGCGAGCGGGCCAGGCCGCCCGGGGUUUGAGGGGCUGGCUGUCCCCGGCAGCUUGGUUGGGGGAGGCGGCCCACACUGGGCGCCCGCUGGGAGGUUUUUUUUUUUUUUUUUUUUAAAGCGAGGUUAACUGUUUUUGGCAGCUUGCUUUUUGAAGGACCCUAAAAAAAAAAGGGCCUUUCCGGGGGCUUUUUUCUUCGGGGGGAGGGGGCGGCGGUCCCGACUUGUGUUCAGCACCUACUCCAACGAGGACUACGAUCGGCGCAACGAGGACGUGGACCCCAUGGCGGCCUCGGCCGAGUAUGAGCUGGAGAAGCGUGUGGAGCGGCUGGAGCUGUUCCCCGUGGAGCUGGAGAAGGACUCCGAGGGCUUGGGCAUCAGCAUCAUCGGCAUGGGGGCCGGGGCCGACAUGGGCCUGGAGAAGCUGGGCAUCUUCGUCAAGACGGUGACCGAGGGCGGCGCGGCUCAUCGGGAUGGCAGGAUCCAGGUGAACGACCUCCUGGUGGAGGUGGACGGCACGAGUCUGGUGGGCGUGACCCAGAGCUUUGCGGCCUCUGUGCUCCGGAACACCAAGGGCCGUGUGCGGUUUAUGAUUGGCCGGGAGCGGCCCGGAGAGCAGAGCGAAGUGGCCCAGCUAAUUCAGCAGACCCUGGAGCAGGAGCGAUGGCAGCGGGAGAUGAUGGAACAGAGAUACGCCCAGUAUGGGGAGGAUGAUGAGGAGACGGGGGAGUAUGCCACCGACGAGGAGGAGGAGCUGAGCCCCACGUUCCCAGGCGGCGAGGUGGCCAUCGAGGUGUUCGAGCUAGCGGAGAACGAGGACGCGCUGUCCCCUGUGGACAUGGAGCCCGAGAAGCUGGUGCACAAGUUCAAGGAGCUGCAGAUCAAACAUGCUGUGACCGAGGCGGAGAUCCAGCAGCUCAAGAGAAAGCUGCAGAGCCUGGAGCAGGAGAAGGGGCGCUGGCGGGCGGAGAAGGCUCAGCUCGAGCAGAGUGUGGAGGAGAACAAGGAGCGCAUGGAGAAGCUGGAGGGUUACUGGGGCGAGGCCCAGAGCCUGUGCCAGGCCGUGGACGAGCACCUCCGGGAGACCCAGGCGCAAUACCAGGCUCUGGAGCGCAAGUACAGCAAGGCCAAGCGCCUCAUCAAGGACUACCAGCAGAAGGAGAUUGAGUUCCUGAAAAAGGAGACCGCACAGCGGCGGGUUCUGGAGGAGUCGGAGCUGGCGAGGAAGGAGGAGAUGGACAAGCUCCUGGACAAGAUCUCAGAACUGGAAGGAAACCUGCAGACACUGAGGAAUUCCAAUUCUACUUAACAGGAAUCAUAACCCUUCCCAUCAUCCUCUCUCCCCUGUCCUCAACCACCUACCCCACCCCCUCCCAGCCUGGGGACAGGUGCCCCGACUCCCCACACCCUCCACCCCACCUCCCCCAGCUUCAGGGACCAGAGGGCCCACGUGACAGGCCUCUUUAAGAUGGCCCGGGCAGACAGAGAGGUGGCUGGAAGGGUGGCCUCUUCCUUGCCCCAAGGGGCUGAGGCCAAGUGAGGGAUGCUGAGGGCUGGCCUGGGUGGGUGAUGGACACGAGGACCUGCAGACCAAACUGCCAGACUUCACAACCUCCAGCCUUUGUCUCUGGACUGGAAUGGGGCUGGGGGCUCUCCCAGCAUCUCGCCAUCUGGAGGCUGCUCCCCGCCCGUGGCCUCUUGACUCGAGAGCCCACCUUCUUGGCCCUUCCCUGUCCCCCCCUCGUUGUGCUGUCUGUUGCUCGACACCUCCCCUCCCUGUCCCCUAUCCCAGGAGGGACAGAGUGCACCCACAGCCCGGAGGCUGGGCCCCACCUGCCCUGACCUCUUGCGUGUCCUUUGGGGAGGAGGGGGGUGAGCGCAGGGCCCCGGGAGAGUCUAGGACUCCUGGUCCCCAGCUCCUCCUCUCCUGGGCAGCAGCCCUCGGCUCUUGUGCCUCCGCUCUCCCAGGUGCCAAAUAGCCAUAGCCUCCUGGAACAGCCGUGCGGCCUCCCUGGAGUCCGGGUGUCCCGGUCAUGCCUGGGAAUGCCAGGAAGGGAAGGGGGGGUGGUUUGGUUUCGGGGUCCUGGCUGCAGGGACCCUGGUUGUAGGCGAGGGGAGUAUUUCUCACUGCCCAGGGCGACACCUGGAAGCCUUGCACUCCCGUGGCAGACAGCCCCACGCCACCCUGUGUUCUGUGCUCUGGCUGCACAGGGUUUCACCACUUCUUGGCUCUUUGGAGCCCAGGGCUACCCUGGCCACUUUCUGAGCGAAACCGACUCCACUUCUCCCACUUUAACCCCAGACUGGGGCUUGGACCAAGGGAGGUGAGACCCCCGCCCCCCCAGGGGCCACCCUUCCAGAAUCCAUCUCAGUUGGCCACUUUUUCAUGCCCCUGCCCCAAGCCUGGGUUUCUGAUCAUUUUUAAAAAAACGUUUUGGCUUCUUGUCCCCUGUAAAUAGACCAUGCCAUCAAUCAGUAUUUCUUGCCCCCGCCUUCCCAUGCCCCCACCCCCUGAAAGAGCUGGCUGUCUCCGUGCCGGGCGCCGCCCUGGACCAUGGCAGAGGGAGGGGGCGGGCCGCGGGUGCCCGGCCGCCCUUCGGAGGACCGCGUCUCUGUAUAUAAUAUAUAUAUGUAUGUAUUGUUCCUGGUUUUGUACGGACCAUGCCCUCUGUCAGAUCGCCCUCAUAAAAGCAGCCCCCAGA